GUUGCAGAUGAAGCAUCAAUAGCAUCGUGGUCGACGACAGAAGAGCCUUUUAGUACCGAAGAAGAGGACGCGAUAGUGACGUUGGUAGUAGUUGUAGCCGGUAUCAUUGUUGCUAUAGUGAUACUUUUUUCAAUGGGAUUAUUUAUCGACUGCAAGCAUCAGCAGAAGAAUGCUCUAAACAAGAAGAAGUUGAAAUUGAAAAUGCCUCCGAUUUCGCGAACGAGGAAAAGUCAAAAGGAAGAUGUGAAGUCGUUGGCAGCGGACAUGUGUCCGAACAGUGCUACCGACGCUGGAUUUCGAACACGGGACGUGAUAGUCUGACCAAUUCAUGAUUGAUACGUCUAUCUUCAACCCGAAUGAGAGCUCGCUAUACUUGAAUCGAGUUGUGAAAAAAUUGGCAAAGUAAAUUAUAAACGCUUGUGUUUUUGCAACUGCGAUAAUACAGUUGAUAUAUGGAAGAAAGAGUGCUCGCAUCAAUGACCUCGACUUAAUACAGUGAACUGUCGUGUUUGAAGUAGGCGCAAAACUGCAAAAGCACACAUAAGCUUCUUUUGCCAAGAAGCCUGUUUAUACGCGUAAAACUGUGAUUUACGUAUCCCUAUUUAUGUAUCAACAAUUUAUUGAUAUCCUUCGAUCGUAUCGAUCGAUUCGUAUAUGCAGUUAAAAAUGUCUCUCUUCAUGAACAAAGAAAUUUCGUUCCAAAG